UCUACUGAUUGGUUAUUUUGUGAAAAGCCGUAACCCGAAAACCAGGAAGUGCAGUGUGAAGGUUGGCGCAGUAGCAGCGCAAACAUGGGGGUGAAAAUCGAGGUGUUUCGUAUGAUGCUGUAUUUGUCCUUCCCUGUAACCAUGUUCUGGAUCUCCAACCAAGCAGAGUACUUUGAAGAAUAUAUUGUGAAGAGAAAGAGGGAGAUUUUCCCCCCCGAUGAGAAGAUGCAUAGGAAAGAGCUGGAAGACUUCAAAGAGCGGAUGCGAGACCGCAAGGAGCGGCGGCUACUGAAACGGAUGGCCUUGGAGGAGGCUGAGAAGGACUGAGGAGGACAGUGCAGAGAGACAAUCGGAGGAGGACGAUGUCCCCAAUGCCCAAUCAGCUGCCUGUUUUUCUACUUGUUGUUCCACAGGAGGGGGGAGCAGUGUCACUGUCAGGCCCAUGGGCUGGAACAUGUGUUGCGUCACAAAAGGCACCCUAUUACCUAUUUAGUAUACUACUUUGACCAUGGCCCAUAGGGCUCUUUGAUUUUUGAUUUCGUGGAGUAUGUAGGCUAUGCUAUACACCGUUUGGGAGGGUGUGCUUGAGGGGGACCUUCAAGUUACCCCUUUGAACCGAAUAGUCUUGCUGAAAAGAUUUUAAUGAAAUGCUUUAUUUCACUGCAAUCAAACUAUGACUUUAUUGCUGAUGAUCUGCUCUGUGAUGGUGUUGUUGUAAAACAUUGAGUGUGUAUGAUUGUCUCAAAAAAAAUGUGUGAUUGAAAUUUGAGGACAGAAGCAUAUGGCUUGGAAUAUAAUUUAUUUAAAUUUUUUAGAAUACAUGUCUUUUGUACAUGGGUGUUUCAACAUUGUUCUUCAUUAAAGUUUAGAUGUGU